AUGGUCGUUGCAGAGUUCAAAUUUUGCAAUCAGACCGUCUCUCAUCUUGUUUCAUUUUCAACUACUGUCAAGGAUAUGAUAAGUUUGGUGAAACAAAAGUGGCCUUAUGUUCCUGAAGAACUUAUACUUUUUGGUUACACUGUAGAUGGUACUUCAAAUGUCAUCAAUCACGAUUUAGAAUUGGGGUUUUUCAUUCACUACUGCAGCUCACAAGGGAUUGACUUGUUGAAGUUUGAAAUCCAGUUAAGGGCUUGUGUUGAUUAUAUUCCUUCAUCAUCUUAUUCUGCUCCUGCUCCUUCUUCUUCGUCAUCAUCAAGUUGUAUUUCAAUUGAUGAGGUAGUUGUUGUGGAAGACAUCACUGAUGAUGCGUGUUUGAUCAAAAAGGUACAGAAGAAGUCUGAUGCUUGGGUCAACAUCUUAACUGGAGUAGGCAGUUGUUUCAAGGUGGUAUUAGAGAAGUUAAAGCAUUCAUGUAGUUUAGCUUCAUCUGAUCCAUCAAAAGUUAGGAUGAGAAAAUCGUUUAUGAAGGAUAUCUUGGCAGAUGAUUUACGAGCAUUGAAGAAGAAGAAGACUGCUUCAGAAGUUAUAGAUUUAUUCCGAAAUGAAUAUGGGGUUGACCUCACGUAUAUUCAGGCAUACCAUGGUUUAAACUUCACCAAGCAAUUUCUUUGGGGUGACGAUAUCAAAUCUUAUUCAGACUUUGUUUGGUAUAAAGAUGCCAUUGAACAUUACAAUCCUGGAAGUGUUGUCAACUUUGAGUAUGAUAGUGUCACGCGUCAGUUCAAAAGGUUUUUCGUUUCUUUUGAAGCUUUCAUAACUGGUUUCAACAAUUACUGCCGUCCAAUGCUAUUUAUCGAUUUUACCUUUCUCACUGGGAAGUUCAAAGGUGGUCUUAUGGUUGCAUGCGGAAAAACUGUUGCAUUUGGUCUUGUUCCUUGUGAAAAUUGUGAGAAUUGGAAAUGGUUUUUAACCAAGUUGAAGGGUAUUAUUCGUGAAGAUCGUCCACUGACCAUCAUAUCAUAUCGUGGAAUCGACCUUUUGAAGCAUGUGACUGAAGUCUUCCCAAAUGCUUACCAAUCCUUCUGUCUUUACCAUAUGAAAGGAAAUAUUCUUGUUCCAAAGGGCAAGAGCAGACAAACUGCAGUCAAGUUAUUCGAACAGUGCUACACUGCAUUAACAAAGGAAAAUUUUUAUGCUGCCGCGAAGAGUAUGAGUAAUCUAAAGUUGGAUUCAGUGGUUGCUUGGAUGAUGAAGAUUCCAUUAGAGAAAUGGGAUGCUCAUGCAUUUCCAGGAGAGACGUGGGGUGAGAACACAUCUAAUAUUGCUGAGAGUUUCAAUAAUGUUAUUAAGAGUGAUAAGCCGCUUCUAGGACUUGAGCUUGUCGAUUCUAUACGUGCUAAGGUAAUGGAGCAUAAUUACAAGAGGAAAUUGGAGUCUUACAAUUGGAAUAAAGUGUUUACUCCUCGUAUACAAGCGAGGUUUAACAAGAGGAUAAACGACUGCCGUUCAUACAGGUUUCGUAGAUCAAGUGAGAAAGUAUUUGAGAUCAUUUCUCCAAUAAGAAAGCAAAUUGUCGACUUGGAUUCUAGAACUUGCAGUUGCAGAUGGUGGCAAAAACAUAGCUAA